AUGAUGCUAACUCAGGCUCGCCAGUACCUGUCGCAACUUCGUAGGAGGGCGUACGGGAAUCCGGCUCUUAUCCCACUGAAAUCGGAGUCCGAGUCUGCCACCGCUACCGUACCGGUGACGAUAGAUCUAGCUGAGAAGACGAAACUCGGACCCCAGUCUCCGGAGUUGCUGGACCUAGAUGUUGCAGACCAAUUAUUAGUUCAACGCUCGCGGCAAAGCAGUGGUGCCUCUGAAACAAGUGCACUUGAAAAGGAAACCUCUAAGUACAGUGGCUCAACUAUCGUGUCCGACGGUCCCAGCAGCUAUGCAAAACAAUCGACGCCUCUUAACAAUCAACGCGAAUGGUUGGAUCCUGAUCGAGCGGACUCCCAGACUCCCAAAUUACAUGGCUUAGUGCCCGCUAAAAAGCUCAGGCUAUCUCCAAAAGCAGAGGCCAUUCUGCAUGAGGCAAAUAACGAGAGCAUCCCAACACCGAGAAAUACAAGCAACCAAACUACUUUUUCUGAAAAGUCGGACAUCACCGUUUGCCACGAUCCGUCGAAGCGAUGUCAGAGUCCAAUCGUUGCGUUGGAUACGGUGCUCUCUGAAACGGCGACAGACCCGUUUUCUGACGCUCAUGCGAUCACGGAAUGCUCAAAGAUAUCAUCGCAGUCCCGGACUUUGCAAAACACGACUAACCAUGACGAUGCCACCGAGAAACGAAGCUUUGAACAGUUUACCACUCCUGUAGAUUCGAAUGACGUUCAGCUGCCAGCCACCGUGAUAAACUCAAGGCAGGCGAGCAACUCCUCUUACGGAGCCUCGCGCAGGAUUCUGGAAGGCACAAACAUCGCUCGCCGUGAAUUCGCAAGGUCUAGGGCUUUCCUUGCAUUCAAUACUUCAGCUCCCUAUUUCUCUUUGGAAGCGCUUGCACCCCCCAGGGGCGAUCCGGAAGUUUUCGUUAUUCCAACUACAAACCACACAGGAUCUUUAUUGCAUCGGAUCCGAACCGCGAAAUCUAGUUUGACAAUGGGGAAAAAAUACAGCAUCAGAGGAAAGUUGCGACGUAUGAAGACGUUGGCAACCCUUGUUACACAAUAUCAGGUCGGCUCCUUGACAGGUAAAAGGUUGGAAGAUUUGUCCCGACUUGGAGGGGAGAGCAUAUUAUCGAAACUUCCUCCUCGCUAUUUCCCUGGAACGUUAAGGCUUCCAACUUGUAUCGCCGCGCCCAUUAGCGCAUUGGUUAACUAUGGUACCGCUACUCCUUUUAUACAUCGCGAGAUGGGGAAUCAUGAGCAAGUUAAUGCUCUAUAUAGCUAUUUUGCUGGCCAAGUAUUGGGGGCGGAAAAACUCAAGGAAAAGAUAAGCAAGACGAUGAGGCCAACAGAUCUUCCCCUGGAGCAGAUAAACGCACACGGGCGUGGCAGUAAUGAUUAUAUGCACGUCAUUUCUACCGUACUGAAACACUUUUUCGCCGAAAUUCCGGGCGGCAUAUUGGGCUCCAUGCGAUUGUAUCACGCAUUGGAGAGAAUCUCUGCGAACGAUUUCUCUCCAAUAAACAGUCGCCAUGACCCUGGCCAAAAGGAUUACCUGCCAGAUAUACCAACUUCUUUGGCGGCCAGGGUAAGAAUGAUAGUCCUGGCGAUAAUAGCGUUGACGACAGACGCUCAGUUAGAGCUCAUUUGUGCUAUCUUUGGCCUUCUUGCGGUCACGGCCGAUGAAUCUUAUGUAUUGAGGGAAUUCCAUUAUCACCAUCUCCAUCCGAAAUCGGAAUGUGAUCGAUGUGAAGGGCUUACAGACUCCAUCCAACUAGGGGAGGAUUUCGGACACCUUCUGUACGGAAUUAGAGAAGCCGGACUCACUACGGCCUCUAAAAUGAGUCUAGAGACGCGCGCGGCCGAUGUUACCACUAUGCUGAUUGAUCUGUGGAAAGACAUUUCGCGGCAGCUCUGGACGUGGGAGAUUAUCGAUGCUCGAAUGGGGUAA